UAUGUUUUUUCGCCACGCUCUAAACGCUGUGAUUUUGUUGGAAAAGGCAGACAUAAAAAGGUUUCUUGUACCCGUUACCUAAAGGCCUAGCAAUGAAUGCACCGCCAACAUUCGAAUCAUUUAUUCUUUUUGAAGGAGAAAAAAAGAUGCCUUUGGCUUUUUUCAGGAUAACAAUUGAAAAAGAUACAAAGGUGCCAAAUGCUGCUAUAUUUACAGUCAACAAAGAAGAUCAUACAUUAGGAAACAUGCUUCGUCAGCAACUUUUGAAGGAUCCGCAGGUGUUGUUUGCCGGGUACAAGGUUCCCCAUCCUUUAGAACACAAAUUUGUUCUACGAGUUCAAACAAGCAAUGACUACAGUCCUCAAGAAGCUUUCACCAAUGCAAUUACUGAUCUCAUCAGUGAGGUAUCUCUUCUGGAAGAGAGAUUCAAGGUUUGCGUGAAGGAAAAGCAGGAAGGUUUUGAAUGAAGGCUGAAAGUGUAUUUACACAAUGAUUACAAAGUAUAAGUAAAGUUUGGUUCCCAUACAAUUGUUACACGCUAUCCCCGACAGCUUUCGGUGAUGUUGAUUGGUCGGUCGAAUUGGGGAGCCCUCACAAUUGCUUCGGGGACUGCUACUGCAGCAACAGUGUAGCGAUUUUCAGGACACCAGGCUUAUCUAACAAAGAUCAUGCAAUUAGAGUAAGCAGUUAUUAAGAGUUUGAUGUCACUAUGUCAACACAACCAUCUCAAUCUUAAGCUGGAGUGAUGAGUGACGGGAUAUGUUUCAUUUGCAGAAGAGGUGAUUGAACAUAUUAUGUACCUCGUUCUUUGCCUUUUACGUAACUUAUUUGUCAGUUCUGAGAUCAGCACAUUGAGAGGCAUAUCUUCCAGCAUGUAAAUAACUCUAGAAAUGUUGCUUAACAGAAUUGCAGCAUUGGAUUUUGCUUAGAUCUAGCGUUCAAAGCAGACACUGCCGUAAGAUCAGACACUUUUAACUGUUAUGUAUUCUACAAUCUCAUGCUCCAAGCUGAAGGAUGCCAAACAUUACAAAACAAGGAGUGAAAUCUUGGCCAGCAGCUUUGUAUGCAUUCCUUGUUGCAUAAUGGAAAUGUUGCUAUUGAGCUAAUACCAUGGUACUUCUGAAGUACAUAUAUUUCUAUUUGAGUACAUUCUAUUAUAGUUGUGUUUGCAUUGCAUUAAAUUUAGCAUUAUGAACCAAACUAUUCAUCAAUACAGAAAAAAAAAAUUCCACUUUCCUCUUUCCUUAUCACUCUUACAAAUAUAAAAUGAAUAAUGUUAUACAUUGUUGUGUGGUUUUUUUUUUUAUAACAACAAGCACUGCAUUUGUUGUUUUUCAACAAUGAGUAUCUUAAAACUUCAAAUUGUGGUGAUACUGAAAAUGCAUGUAUUUACUUUGUUAACAAACCUCACAUGAUCUGAUUUAUACCAUAAUUUCGCAGAUAGCUUUAAAAUAUUUAUAUGUGUGGCUGUAUGGCAACAAAAUACUACCUUUAUGGUCACCACCAUCAUCUUGUCCUUUUUGUAUUUGUAAGCCAAUAAAUACUUCAAUGGGACAGUAUAGGUAUCACUGAUACAUGAUUCAGGCAUUUAGUAGAUUGUAAAUAUAUAGUUUGUAAAUAAACCACAUCACAUUUCUACAA